AUGUCUGCCCCUAAGCGACAAAAGUCAUCAAAAGAUGUGCCAUACGAGCUUAUAUAUUGGCCCGGCAUACCCGGUCGUGGAGAGCAUGUACGCUUGGCGCUUGAGGAGGGCGGGGCUACGUACACGGAUACAGCGCAGAUUGAGAAGGGCAUGGACCAAGUAACGGCGCAGAUCGAUGAGGGUAAUGUAGGCGAUGACCUCAACCCGCCGCCUUUCGCGCCUCCCAUCCUUCGUCAUGGUGAUCUUCUCAUCUCCCAGACUUCCAACAUCUUGUUGUAUCUUGGGCCGCGCCUCGGACUGGUGCCAAGCGAAGACGAUGAGGAGCACCCAGACGCAUUGUACAAGGUCAACGCGCUUGCUCUAACGGCGCUUGAUGGUCUGAGUAACGAGGUUCACGAUUGUCACCAUCCUAUCGCUUCUGGGUUGUACUAUGAGGACCAGAAAGAGGAAGCGAAGCGGAAAAGCAAGGAUUUUGUGAAGACCCGUCUCCCCAAGUUUCUAAGCUAUUUUGAACGUGUGCUGCAGGGUAAGGCCAGCGGAGAAGGCCCGUGGUUGUACGGCGGUCAGUUGACCUAUGCAGACUUGGUGCUAUUCCAGUGUAUUGACGGCACCAAAUUUGCUUUCAGGAAGGCUAUGAGCGCAGCCGAGAAGUCGGGCAAGUAUGCGCACGUAUUCAAGCUGUAUGACGCUGUGAAGGAACGGCCUAGGAUUAGCGAGUAUUUGGCUAGUAAAAGAAGACAAGAAUAUUCGAUGGGUAUUUAUCGAUACUAUGACGAGUUGGAUUUUGGCCCUGAAGGUAGAGAUUAA